UGGCCAUUUUCUCUCUACUUCGAAGAUUUCACCGAAUCAGUGAGGAUUCAGUAAUACACCUGUCGUUAAGACUAAUUAAUGAAUUAAUACGUUUUUGACGACUGGCUAUGGAAGCUCCUGCAUAAUAUCACGUGUUAACGAUUCAUCUGUACAAUAGGUCUACCAAUAGGACAAAAAAAUGAAAAAGGGACCGUUGCAUUUUUUGGGUCGAAAGAACCAGUCUCUCUUCGAUACCAAUAUUAAAAUCAAGGAGAUGGACAAUGUUGAGCUGGUGUUGGAUUCAUCAGCCAUUCCUGAAUCAGGCACUGCCAAAGUGAGGUCCAGACCCGCAGUCAAGCACUACAUGUCCUCCUCUGAUGUUGUGCAAGGGUUUGCUGUCCCAACACCCAAAGUUCCUGUCCUCCCCCCUUUCAACAGUCCAAAGAUCAACAGGGCAGUAAAUGCCGAUCGGUUUUCCAAUGGAUCAGCUAUAUCUGUGCCCGAUUUGGUGGAUGGGGAGAUAUUUAUUCCACCUCCCCCUACAAUGGCACCCCCACCCCCCCCCCACCCAUGUUCAUCCCUCCCCCACCAGAUUUCUUGGGUGACUUGGACUCCCUUCACCCUCCCUCCAUGCCCCCUCCAAAACCUCCAUCAGUGGUUCUGUCUAAAGAGUACGAGGAUUUCACCUCCCUGAAACCUCCACUAAUGCGCCCCCCCGAAGCCCCCGUCAACUUCCUCCAGUGCUUCUAGUUCAUCUUUGUCCAUUUCUACACCAACACCAGUCCCUGAUUUUACUGAGCCCCCAAAGUUUGCCCCUCCACAGCCCCCUAUAGACAUGAGACAAGCUGCUCUGAAAGCCCUGAAGACCCCGCCUCCAAAGCCAACAAGGCUGUCCUCCAUCCACAGCAUGGACGAAGCCUCCCAGGUUCCAGCCCAAGCUUCCCCAGUACAGACCCCGACACCCUCCAGCUUCAACCCCCAGAACACAGCUAAGCUCUACAGUGUUCCUAAGACUGGCAUUCUGGGUAGACAGUUGGACCGUGACAAUAGGCCCAAGCAGAUCCUACUCCUCCAGGUCAAUGGGAAAGACCCCUCUGUGGCACCACCAGGUAAGCCAGCCCAGAGAAAUAGCUUGGGUAUGCGGCUGGAGCAAAACCUGCAGGACUUAAAGGAAAACUUGCAAGCCACCCUUCCAGGCCAACCCACCCCACCCGAGACUUGGGAGGAAGUGGAGUCUUUGUCUUUAUCAGCACAACAGGGUAUGAAUAAACAUGCCGUAGUACCCCCUAAAAUGUCACCCAAGCUUCAGAAGGUGGUCACUGCCCCUGUAAACACAGAGGCUAGCCAGGUCAAGCAGGAAGCGUCUCCAGGCCGGAAUAACAAGUUCAGUCCUAUGCUGGACAGUAAACUACGCAACCUGAAGGCCAGUGAUGUCACUGGGAUGAGGGACGGUCCUGCCGCUUCCCCCCUGGCUCUUCUCAUGGCGGCUAAAGAGCGAGAGAGGCACAGGUCCAGUCUUUCCCUUGAAAACAGCACAAAGAGUAAUGAGCCAUUAGCCAGCAUCCAGCACAGUGAAUGCAAUCCCAAUUCUUUCACCGUCAUCCCUAGGGCCACCUCAUUCACUUCUGUAACCUCACAACAUAAACCACAGUCUGUGGUCCCACUGGAGGCCACAGUGGUAAUCCAGAUUCCAGCAAAACCCCAGAAUAUUGAGUCAGCGGUGAAGGGGCCAAUUGCAAAUCCAGUAGUUAAAAGGAUUCUGCCCACCUCUAGGUCCUCAUCCUCCAGCAGUCUAGCCGUGGAGAAGCAAAGUGGAGAGCAGAGGAUUGAUUCACCCUCUAGCCCUGUCAGGGAUGACGAGAACCUAUGCAUGCCAUUACUCCCUCCCCCUCCCGAAUUCGAUGACCAUGAUGUCGUGGACUCUCCUCCCAGCUCACCUCCACCUGACCCUCCACUGAAGAAGGUCCUGCCUCCCACUCCCAGCCCUGUCCUUCCAGUCCUGUCCUCUACUGCCAACCCUGUCCUUCCUGUCAAAACUCCCUCGCCUCCCCCCCCAAAACCUAAAUCUCCAAGCCCUCCCAAAUUCCCACCUCCUGUCAUGGAGAUCAAACCCAAACUGCCUGUUCAGAUCAAACCCAAGCCACCUCCCACCCAGGCCCUCUCCUCCCUCUCAGCCAGCCAGGCCACACUCCAGAGCAUCCUGCAGAAGAAGAUGCUAGAGAUGGACUGCAAAAUGGACAACAAAAUGCUGGCCAUGAAGGAAACAGACUCUGAUGACUGGGGGUCUCCCUUGUCUGAGGAGACCAAGUUCCCGGUUGUCCCCAGAGUCACCAUGAAAAACUCUGUUAUCCCUGCAAAGAGCAAGAGUGCCACUGUGCCAGCCAUAACACAAGGACUUGACAUGAAGGAGCUGGACACAAAAAUGGCCAUGAAAGGUCAGGGUUUGUCAGAGCCAUCAAGAGUUCCCACAAGCAAUGGGCCACGGUCAAAGCAGGCAUAUGGCAUGACUUUCAUGGUACAACCCGGAACCAAACAACCAAUCACAGUUGUCAGCAAAUGAGGAUCCAACUCAAUUAUACCACAUACUGUACCAUACAGCCCCUGUCAAGAGCAAGGACAAUGGAAAGAGAGCACCUUAAAAUACUGCUAAAAAUGGAUAUUUCCAAUAAAACACUAAGCAUGUAUGCCAAGGAUGUUUUCACCAAGCCCCUGGAGAAAAUACAAGGUGCUAAGCAUUUGUCUAGAAAAGGUUUUGCUGUACCACAGCACAUAAACCUGCCCCCCAGAGGUGGGGUCAAAUAGCUUCUUGUCUAGGUGCCAAAGUCUAGAGUGGACUAUUGGAACAGCUUUCAACAGUAUCUGACUGCUACAGUUUAAAUCAGUGCUAGUACACAUUGCCUUAUUUUUUACCUAAUAGAUUCAAAGCAGAUUGUGAGGCUGUUUUAAAAAUAGGAGCUGUAAUUUGCCAGCCUUAAUAUACACUGAAUAAUGUCAUGCAUAAGGAUAUUUUUAUAAAUGUCUUGAAGAGUUACUAUACGGAUGUGUACAGAUUGUUUUUGCUUAUGUUUCCAUUGUGUCAAAGUACCUGUAUAUUUUUAAAGCAUAAAGGGAAUUGAACUAGUCUACUACAAUACAUUACGGACAAAUGUAUAUUGUUCACUAUAUUACACUUAAGGGUGCAACAACUAUGUAAACUGUUUAUCUUUUGAUCUUCUACUUCAGUCAGGUGAGCAAGAUAUGUUCCAGGUACACCAGCCCCAUUAACAAAAAUAGUUUGCUCCUACAGACAGUCAAGCGGCCGUGGUUUGUUAUAUAACUGAACAUUAGAAUGGGCAGAAUGAGUGACCUAAGCAACUAUGAGCGAGGUAUGAUCGUCAGUGACAGGUGCACCGGUUCCACUAUAUCAGAAACAGCCAGCCUCCUGGGCAUUUCAUACACGACAGUCUAUGGUUUACUGAGAAUAGUGCAUUAAACAAAAACAGAUCCAGUCAGCAGCAGUCCCGUGGGCGAAGACAGGUCGUUGAGAGGUCGGAGGAGAGUGGCAAGAUUCGUGAAAGUUAACAGGCAGGACACAAACCGGCAAAUAACGGUACAGUACAACAGUGGUGUGCAAAACAGCAUCUCAGGACGCACAACUAGUCUGUCCUUAUAGUAGCAGACGACCACACCGGGUUCCACUCGUAUCAGCUAAAGCAGGUCCAGUGGGCACGCGAUCAAACACUGGACAAUUGAGUGGAAAACCUUGCCUGAAAAUUAUAUUUCAGAUGGUGUCAAUUUAAUUGAUUCAUUUUGGAGUAGAAUGGUCUUAAGUCACCAGGAGUGACUUAAACAGUUCAAAUAAAUAUGGAGAGGUAUGCCCCUGCACGCUA